GAUUUCUGUUUGUUCUUUUGCAGACGGACUCAAAUAUCUCUAACAAAUAUUAUUAAUAAUGGAUGAUCAGGGAUGCCCGAGGUGCAAGACGACGAAAUACAGAAAUCCAUCUCUAAAGCUGAUGGUCAAUGUGUGUGGUCACACGCUCUGAACGUCCGCCAGUGGGAGUAAUCAUAUGUGUGUGUGUUGCAGGUGUGAGAGCUGUGUGGAGAUGCUCUUUGUCCGCGGCUCAGGUAACUGUGUGCAGUGUAACACACCUCUCAGAAAGAGUAAUUUUCGCAUUCAGCUCUUCGAAGAUCCAGCCAUUGAUAAAGAGGUGGAGAUCCGCAAGAAGGUUCUUAAAAUUUAUAAUAAGAGAGAGUUUGAUUUCUCCACUCUGAAAGAAUAUAAUGACUACCUGGAGCAGGUGGAAGAGAUUGUGUUUAACUUGACUAAUAACGUGGAUACUGAAAGGACAAAGCAGAUUAUGGAACAGUACCAGCGAGACAACCGAGACAUUAUACAGAGAAACAAAGCCAAACUGACCCGUGAGCAGGAGGAGUUGGAGGAGCUGUUGUUACAGGAGCAGCAGGAUUCAGAGCAGAGGAGACUGGAGACCCUCCAGGAGGAACAAAGACAACUACAGGCCAAGAGAAAAAACAAACAGGCCCUGCUGGAUGAGCUGGAGAGUUCCCAGUUACCUGCGGCUGUGCUCUUGGCCCAACAUAAAGAUCGAGCCACCCAACUGGGAACCCAGAUAGAAAAACAGAAACGGAACGUCAAACCAACAAACCUCUUCUCUACUGGAAUACUGAUGGGUCAGACAGUGUCUUUGGCUCCUGUGACUCAUGUGGAGGAAGUGUUGUAUGUCUAUCAGCCUGUGUACAUUGACACAUAUGGCCCGCCCAUUCCAGAACUGGAUCAGUUGGGUCGACUUGGGUAUCUGAAUCAUGUGCGCACAGCGUCUCUACAGGACCAGGCUGGUGGUUAUUCAUCGGGACUGGCAUGCCACCGUGCCAUCCAGGAUGCUUUUAGUGGCCUUUUCCCCUCAUGACAAAACUACAGGGACUUCUGCUCCUCCUGUCCAUCUGUCUAUGUCCAGGGAAAGUCUCUCACAUAAAAGAGAGAGGCUGAAAGUGUUUAGAUUCACAAGAAUCAUGGGAUAGAUUCCUUUUGAGGACUCCAUCAUGUGAACAUGACGCUUUCAGCAGGCCGAGUUCAGAAUAUACAGACAUCUGGGGUUUAUUGACGUGUGAUAUGAACAAGCUUUGAUAGGUGUUAUUGAUAUUUUUGUAACAUUUCAGUUAAAUAAAUGAGAAAAACUUU